AUGUCGUCUGUGGCUCGCCAAAUGUCGUCUGUGGCUCGCCAAAUUUCGGCUGUGGCUCGCCAAAUGUCGUCUGUGGCUCGCCAAAUGUCGUCUGUGGCUCGCCAAAUGUCGUCUGUGGCUCGCCAAAUGUCGUCUGUGGCUCGCCAAAUGUCGUCUGUGGCUCGCCAAAUGUCGUCUGUGGCUCGCCAAAUGUCGUCUGUGGCUCGCCAAAUGUCGUCUGUGGCUCGCCAAAUGUCGUCUGUGGCUCGCCAAAUUUCGUCUGUGGCUCGCCAAAUUUCGUCUGUGGCUCGCCAAAUUUCGUCUGUGGCUCGCCAAAUUUCGUCUGUGGCUCGGCAAAUUUCGUCUGUGGCUCGCCAAAUGUCGUCUGUGGCUCGCCAAAUUUCGGCUGUGGCUCGCCAAAUGUCGUCUGUGUCUCGCCAAAUGUCGUCUGUGGCUCGCCAAAUGUCGUCUGUGGCUCGCCAAAUGUCGUCUGUGGCUAGCCAAAUGUCGUCUGUGGCUCGCCAAAUGUCGUCUGUGGCUCGCCAAAUGUCGUCUGUGGCUCGCCAAAUGUCGUCUGUGGCUCGCCAAAUGUCGUCUGUGGCUCGCCAAAUGUCGUCUGUGGCUCGCCAAAUGUCGUCUGUGGCUCGCCAAAUGUCGUCUGUGGCUCGCCAAAUGUCGUCUGUGGCUCGCCAAAUGUCGUCUGUGGCUCGCCAAAUGUCGUCUGUGGCUCGCCAAAUGUCGUCUGUGGCUCGCCAAAUGUCGUCUGUGGCUCGCCAAAUGUCGUCUGUGGCUCGCCAAAUUUCGUCUGUGGCUCGCCAAAUUUCGUCUGUGGCUCGCCAAAUUUCGUCUGUGGCUCGCCAAAUUUCGUCUGUGGCUCGCCAAAUUUCGUCUGUGGCUCGCCAAAUUUCGUCUGUGGCUCGCCAAAUGUCGUCUGUGGCUCGCCAAAUGUCGUCUGUGGCUCGCCAAAUGUCGUCUGUGGCUUGCCAAAUUGCGUCUGUGGCUCGCCAAAUGUCGUCUGUGGCUUGCCAAAUUGCGUCUGUGGCUCGCCAAAUGUCGUCUGUGGCUCGCCAAAUGCCGUCUGUGGCUCGCCAAAUGUCGUCUGUGGCUCGCCAAAUGUCGUCUGUGGCUCGCCAAAUAGCGCCUGUGGAUGCAGCUCUUAACUCUCUGUUACCUAUUCCUUGCGAAUUGAACGGGAUCAUUAGGUGA